CCGAAACGAAACGCUCGGCUCCGAUACGUCAUCGGCACGAGCCUUUUUCAAAGGAUCGAAAGGGAUCCCGUGCGUGACGCGAUUCACGCGUGACCCAGCCGUGACGCGGGUUCUCGUACGAGUGUUGUUUUCGUAGUAACGCGGUGUGCUCCUGCCAGAAUCGAAGGGACGAACGGUCACGUACCAGUGAGCCAGGAUGACGGAGACGACAAUGACGUAAAACCCACGAGGCCAAGUGGAUCCGUUUGGCGACCCAACUCGUUUCGUACACGAAUACUGGGAUCCUUGGUCGAACUCUUACCUCGAUCAGUUCCCGAGAUCAGAUCCACUGUGCAACCCUUAAAAUCAUGAAAACGUUUAGUGACUUCUGCGUCCUGAUACCUUGAUCGAGGCUCCAAGGAUUGGACAAUGAUUGGUAUCGAGAAGACAUCGUCCGAGCGCGCAAUGAUCUUUCGUAGUGGACCCUUGUGCGAAUAUUUAUUCCUUGGAAAAGUCAUUUAGUCGACGACCUAACAGGAUUUCAGUCUGUCAGAUUUGGCAACAGACUCGAGGAUUGUUUUCCGCGUUAUCGUUCCUCCUCACAGACGGUCGAAAAAUUGUGAAUUUGGUAUUGAUUGAAGUGAUAAUACACGGUCGUUCCGUGAGAUGUAGACGAUGAAGGAGACUGAUCGACGAGUGAACGAAAUGAAAUUGUGAAGUAAUGGACAAAACACGAACGCGGAUUUCGAAUUGUUCCACUGUGUUGCACAAUGUCGUGUUGAAUGACGAGGCUGGUUGUUAACGGAAUAUCGACCGAAGACCGUAGCUACCGAAUUAGUUGAGGCGAAGGUCGCAAAUGAGCACAUGCACCUCGUAGUUCAAGAUUUGGAUCAGCCACCUUAAAGAGUAUCAGAGAUUUCUCUGAUUUAGUAUAAAAUCUGUAUUAAACGUAUCGGCUGCAAAGCACAACGUCAACAGGCCUUUCCCGAAAGCUUGGAGAAAUCAGACGCAACAGUCAUUCGUGCAAAGUGUUUUCAUUUUUCGAAUAAUCGUGUCUUUUAUCCUCUAUGCGUACUAUACGUCUUCGACAAGGAGAAUAUAAAAAAGCGAAAUUUUGACUAUGUGUGCAUCGAUAAAUUAGUGCGUCCAGUUUAACAAGCAGAAACAGUGAAACCGAAAGUGUGAACUGGAUGAAACUCCCUCGGAGAACAGUUCUCUGAACGAGACCUACUGACCUAUCGACUCGACGACCCUUCCCUCUUUCUCUCACGGAGGCGCUUUUUUCACUUUUAUCCUGUAAUCCGUGAAUAAAGAAUCGAAUAGUUAUAUUGGCGCAUCAGAGGACACCGACCGGUGGAGAAAGCGGCAUUAGGAGGCCGAGGGGCGAACAUAGCUGCGCGUACGAACGCGUUAGUGAAUCGAAGAGGCUCGCGUUCUUUGAACGAGACCCACUGACCUAUCGACUCGCCACUCUACUCUUACCCUCGGCGCGUGUUUCUUUCUUCGCGCCACCCUGUUUCAGCUUCUCUUUCCCCCAUAUUCGCUGGCGUGUUGCGUGUUGGCCAAUUCGUAAUUCCAUUUCGUGUCUACCUCGACACGGGGUUGAACGUUCUGAGGAUAUAAAAGGGGAGUAGGUACCAAUAGCAGCACACAAUUAUAAGACAAACGAGUGCCUAAGUGUUUUUUUUUUUCUCAAUCGAUACUUUCCACGACUGAACAUCGUAGCUAUAACUAUUUCAAGAUUCUCUAUUCAUUUCGACCUUCACAAUUUGUUGUCCAUUGCUCUGCUUUGGAGAUUUUUUACUUUAUUUUAUUGGCGACUGUUGCCUCGUUAUCACGCUCAGGGAAUAUUUACCUGACUUGUUUUUUGCGUUUCUCGUUUCGUCGUUCUUAAAUCAUUAAAUAAUUAAUAGGAUAUCGCCAAUACAAGGUGAAGAGUGCCUAAAAUUUUAUGCCUUCUCGACUGAUUAUUGAUACAUGGACACGUAUAAAUCGUUGUGCAACCCCUGUGUCUUGUGCUCGCGUUUAAUUGUUCCCAUAUUUUCCUUCGCCUUUUCGCGAAAGAGAUCGUGAAACGAUCAUAGUUCUUUCAUUCACGAAUGAGAAGGAUUGAAAGCGUUCGCGAUCGAUACGAUAUACAGUGCCUCGAUUAUUCUUUUCUCUCGACUGAUCGACAAAGAAACAUAUACACUGUUGUAACUAUAAGCUUCCCUGAUUUAUCGCGGUUUUUCGCUUGACGUCUUUGGGUGUGUCUGAAUUUCGUUCACUUCGCUCUCUCUCUCUCAAGUUCCGAAGGGAACUGAACAUAUAAAUGAGCACCAGAACUUUAUAAAGAUGACUGAAAAUUAUGGCAUUUUAUCGCAAACAAAACGCUUCCAACGUUAUGCAAAUUCGUACUUUCGACUUGAAAUUCUUCCUCUUGAAAUUGUUAACAACCUUUUGAAAGACUCCUUCCCUUGGUCAUUUCGAUAUUCAGGGAACGACUCGUAAUUAACAACCGUAGACUGACACUGACUAGCUGUGGUCAUAAGAUAAAAAAUAUGAAAGUCAUCAGAAACUUGUCGUUCACCGAUUAUCUUCUCGUCGUCGUUUAUUCAGAUGAUAGUUUCAAUGCGCGUUGAUUCGAUCAUUUGAAUACGAGCACAAGAAGCAUAGAAGUGUGUCGUUCAAUAACAGGUUGUGAACUUAAUCAAACUUUCGUCGAAUCAACUAGUACCAUCGUUCAACCGGUGUAUCAGAAGUUUUUUAAUCUCGUUCGUGAGAGAGAUGGCAUCCAAACCGUAUUUCGAAGCCGUCGUAAUGUCCUCUGACGUUAAACGGGAUUGCGUGGCGAGUGUCGAGGAAUUCUCUCCUUGUAAGAGAGUAGCGUGCUGGUUCAGGCCAUUGACAACAAUAGCCUGAUCGUAAAACCGGGAAGGUACGAUCGAAGAGAAGGAAAGUAUCAGCAAUAAAUCAAGACUGGAGAUACGAAGAUAAAAAAACAGCGUAUGAACGUUACCGAAGCAAGAGUAAAAUCUGUAUAAAAAUACACAUACAUGUAUCUCACAACGUACAAACGAAAAACAUUAAUUCAUGAUCGAACGGUGUGACUAAAUUCGUUAAUCGAAUGAAAGCCGUGCACAAAACACGAACCCAGCAACAGUUUAUCACCUCAUUCACGCAGGCAAGACUGAAACGUGUCUGAUCCAAUUCGUUCAGCAUCUAUUCGCCUCGAAUCGCUAAAGCGAAACAAGAACUGUGCGACAGUUGAUCACAUUUUAAUCGCGUUUCUCCUUCGAACGCUGCAAGAAUGUUCUGGUUGUACACAAAAAUUUAAAAUAAAAAAACUACGCACGGAUACGAAAAAUCGAAGAGAGAAACAGAAUAAAGGAAACGAAAGAAAUGGCGGAAAGCGCGGCCAGUCCGGGUUCCGUGCAGGUGGCUGCGAAUAGUCCGCAGCAACAAUCGCAACAAACACAACAGAAUCCACAACCGCCGGAUAUAAGCAGCUCGCAGUUGGCGUCACCACCGAUCACGGGCACAGGUACGAAUAGGAAACGAUCGAGAUCUUCCGCCCAGAUCGAAAUAAUCCCGUGCAAGGUGUGCGGCGACAAGAGCAGCGGCGUUCAUUAUGGUGUGAUCACCUGCGAGGGCUGCAAAGGCUUCUUCAGGCGGUCCCAGUCGUCGGUCGUCAACUAUCAAUGUCCACGGAACAAGAAUUGCGUGGUCGACCGUGUAAACAGAAACCGGUGCCAGUACUGUCGGUUGCAAAAGUGCCUACGCCUCGGCAUGUCCAGAGAUGCCGUUAAAUUCGGGCGCAUGUCGAAAAAGCAGCGGGAGAAAGUCGAGGACGAAGUUAGGUUCCACAAGGCACAAAUGAGAGCGGCCUCGGAGACGGCGCCCGAUAGCAGUGUAUUUGAACAUCAGACCCCAAGCAGUUCGGAUCAACAUCAUCCUUACAACGGCGGGUAUGCAUAUAGUAGUGAAUACGCAUCUCCCGGCCCCGGCACGGGUGGGUCGGGAUAUUACAAUCAUCAAGCGAUGACGAACUACGAGCUUAGUGCCGAUUACGUCGACAGCACGACGACCUAUGAUCCACGACCGACGCAGACGCAGGUCGCGGACACUGUCGCCCCUGAUACGCCCUCCGCAGUCACCGCGACUGGGGUACUUCCCAGCGUGGUCACAACCGGAAAGUCGCUGUCUGCCUCGACGACCGGAAGCAGUACGGGGGGUAGUGGUGGAGGUAGUAGCGGCGGUGGCGGUGGUGGCGGUGGUAACGGUGGUGGAUCCGGUGGCGGCGGCUCGGGUGGUGGAGGAAGCGGUUCUGGCACUGGGAGCGGCGCGGCCGCCGGUGGCGGUGGCGGUGCCGGUUCCUUGAGCGGGGGUGGAAUCGUUGCUGUGAAGCAAGAGACCACCGUCGAACUGGCCAGCUUAGGCCACGGCUCGUACACGAUGGUCGACUCGACGACCUUUCUGAGCGGUCAGCAACAGAGGGUCAGCAAUCCAUCCGAGGACGACGAAGUGCCGAGUCUGCCCAGUAUGUCCCAUGCGAGAUAUCCGGCACAGAUCAGCGAGCUGCUUUCAAAAACGAUAGCGGAUGCACACGCGAGAACGUGUUUGCUGUCGACGGAACAGAUCCAGGAGUCUUUCCGGAGGCCGCACGACCUCUCCAGACUGAUCUACUACAAGAACAUGGCGCACGAGCAGCUUUGGCAAGAAUGUGCUCAAAAACUAACCACCGUCAUCCAGCAGAUCAUCGAAUUCGCUAAGAUGGUUCCUGGAUUCAUGAAACUCUCGCAGGACGACCAGAUUGUUCUAUUAAAGGCUGGUUCCUUCGAGUUGGCUGUGCUACGUAUGAGCAGGUACCUCGAUCUCCAGCAGAACUGUGUCCUCUAUGGUGACACUAUGUUACCACAGGAUGCGUUUUACACGACGGACACGGCAGAAAUGAAGCUCGUCUCUUGCGUGUUUGAGAUGGCCAGGAGUAUUGCCGAAUUGAAGCUUACGGAAACAGAACUGGCUCUUUACAGCGCAGCGGUUCUUCUUAGCCCCGAUCGGUCGGGACUGAAAGGGCUCCCGGAAAUCGAGAGACUGUCACAGGCAGUGAUCAAGGCGCUCAGGUCGGAGUUGGAUCGCAACCAUGUGUCGCCCAUAAAGGGCGAUGUGACGGUGUGCGACGCGAUCCUCGCGAAGAUACCCCAGUUAAGGGAGAUCUCACAGCUGCACAUGGAUGCUCUGGCGAAGUUCAAACGGUCGCAGCCGCUCCUCGAGUUCCCGGCCCUCCAUAAAGAGCUUUUCAGUGUCGACAGCUGAACGAUCGACGCGGCGCAGGGCGUCCCGACGCUGACGAACAAAGCGGUACGCGAGUAGCGCCGGGCCUUGCUCUGUCAAGGUGAGUUCCACCGUCCGGAAAAAAAAAAAAAUGAAAGAAAAGAACGGAAUGAGAAAGCUGGGUGAAAACGGCGGAGAAGGCGACGCGUAUCGACGAUGACGACGACGACGAUGAGUUGUUGCGAGGUCGCGCGUUGCCGCUGUCUAGGAAGUGUCGCUCUGAUAAGCCGGAGACGCGUUCUUGUUAGGGUCGAUCGUCGCGUAUUCGCGCGGUGUGCGUCGAAGGGUUCAGAGAAUGGUGCGAGUAACGAUGAGAGGCUAUCGCUUGUUGUUCUUUACAUUCUCUCCGAUUUUCGACUUUUUUCUCCUCGUUCGUUCGAGAAAAGCGCACAACCUCCAAAAGAUGAAUCGCUUCGGAGGGCAGGAGUAGAAAACGGUUUCCUCGUUUUUUUAAUCGUACCAAGUUAAUGCUUACACUUACUUUCGUAGUUUUAAACGGGAAGCGUUCGAGGAAGAAAAAAAGGAAACGAAAGCUUUUAGUUAGAUAACAUUUAAUUUAUGAAGAACUUCGUUGUAUUUAAUUCCAGAUCUAGUAGAGUAACUAGUAUUUUUUUUCUGUAAUGUGACGAAACGAUCAGACACAUCGUUAUACGCUUAAGUACAAAAAUUUUACGUUUCAACUCAAACAAUUGGGUGGGGGAUGAGUUCUGUGCUUCGUUCGUCGCUUGCACGACGUUCUUAUAAGCCCUUCGAUUUAACAACAAUUAAAAUCAUCAUUUAAAUUCGACAUGAUGUCGCGAACGUAAAUGCAUACGAUUCAAAACGGAACAAAUGGUUGUUAAAUUACGUAUUGUACAUAGAUUUCUCUUUGAUUUCGCCCCUAUUUAUGACACUGUGUAACGAUAGAGCAGGUCCAUUUCGUAAUCGAGAUAACGGAACGUCUCUACUCACCUCCUAUCUGUAAGAUCUGCGUAAAUACGAUUUCACGAUUGCCCAGACAAUCGAUUAUCACGUUUGGGUUUUCAUCACGUUUUGUAUCAUGAAUCAUGUGCAAACGGACUCGGCUUUUAAAACGUCACCAACUCGACCGGGAACAAGUAACUGCGGUUAAUUUGCGAUAAAUUCCGUCGUUCAUUUUCUUUACCUUUUAGAGUUCGCUGUUAUAAAGAGGAAAAGAAAGGAGCACGCAACUUGUAUUUUUUCGGUCAGAAACUACGUACUGCUAUUAUGAUCAUUAUUAUAUUACAAUUAUUAUUACUGUUACUAUCAUUAUUAUUAAUAUCACAACUAUUAAUAUUUUUUUAAUUUUAUUACAUAAUUUUUUUUGUUUUGUUUUUCUUUCUUUUGAGAGCUUCCGACUUUUCCUUCUUCCAGUGUGUACAAACUAUUCUGUAGAAUAAUUCGAAUUAAGUUCUCUCCUUUCUUUCUUUACGUUCUGCAAAAUAUUAAUUAAUCUUACUCGUUAAGUAAAAGUUACCUUGGUGUUUCUGAAAGGAAAAUACAGGGUUCCUUUUUUCCGCGAUGGAAGAUAAAAUUUGUACGAGUUCAGAGUGACGGAAACGCGAACGAACAGAGUCUACCGGGUUUUCAAACGCGUUUCCUUGACCACGCGCGUUUCGGUUUCUUCUCGACGUAGUAUACAUACAUAAACUAACUUAUUCUCAGCUUAUUAAGUUCUCAUACGUACGGAACGUUAAAAUGGUACAUUUUAUUAGCUGUUAUUAUACAAAUCGACAUGUUAUUAUUGUAAAGCAAAUAAAUUUUCACUUAUACACGUUUUAAACGUCCCAAUUUUAGGAUGAUUUUGUAACAAAUAAUAAAGUAUUAUAAGCGACUUAAUUGUUACAUGAUGUGCUUUUUCUAACCUGUGGAAAUUUGUGUAUUAUUACGUAAGGAUCAUUUUGUCAUUCGCGUCCAAGCAUAAUUUAAUUAAUCGUUUCACCUACUGAUUCCGAUCGAAAUGAGAAUAGCGAUUGGCUGUUGUUUUAUGAUUUUCGCUCCUGACGUGCGUAAUCGUGAUACGACACAGAAAUUGUGUUCAUCGUAUAUUGUACAUAUUGUAUAAAAGAUAAUGGAAAUGUU